GAAGCCCAACGAUUUUUGGUAAUAUAGAUUCGUCCCUGUUGGUGGAUGGUACCUUCCUUCCACAGAAUUCUGGAACAAGAGAAAUCUUCAUAAAUCCUUCUCUCCAAUUUCUUGUGUACCUGAUAAUCGAUCACAGUUCGUCGACGAUCCUUUCCGCUUCUCCAUCUCUACUCUCCUGUCUAUUUCCUCUCAGUUAAAACUGCACAAGGAGUUAGAUAGACAGAAUGCAAGGACGCAGAGGUGGCAGGGAUCCUUUCUCCGACUUUGGUGACCCUUUUGGUGGUUUUGGAGGCUUUGGUUCCUUUGGACCUCCCAGGAGUUUAAUCUCAAACUUCUUUGGGGGAAGGGAUCCAUUUGAGGACCCUUUCUUCACCCGUGCUUUAGGGGGGAUGUUCGAGUCUAGUCCCUUUGGUGGUCCUGCUGGAUUUCCUUUUCCCCCGAAUAUGCAGCCAUCUGGGUUUCUUGCGCAUCAACCUCCAGAGCCUAGUAGGGGAAGGGGCCCGAUCAUUGAGGAAUUGAACUCUGAUGAUGAAAAUGAGGAAGCAAAGGAAGUGAAGAAAGACAAUCCAAGAAAACAUAGUAGAUCAGAAAAUGAACCCUUUGUUGAACAUCCAGAUGGUGGACUUGAAGGGAAGAAGAGCAGACAUUUGCAGGGUAGACAUGAUUACAACAGGUUCAAUAUGGAGCUGCAGCCGCAGCCUCAGCCUCAGCCUCAAACUCACAGCUUCUCCUUUCAGAGCUCAACAGUCAGCUAUGGUGGUGCAAAUGGAGCAUAUUAUACUUCAUUGAGGACAAGGAGGAGCGGGAGUGAUGGAGUGACCUUUGAAGAGAGCAAGGAGGCUGAUAGCUCGACAAGGCAAGCUUCUCACAGAAUUUCUAGAGGCCUGCACGGAAAGGUUUUCAUAUACCAUUCCCUUUGCUUUGGUAGCAAUUGUGUAUUUAAUUGGUUUGAUUUCAGGGGACAUUCCCUCGCAAGAAAACUCAACUCAGAUGGUAAGGUGGAUACUAUGCAGACUUUGCACAAUCUAAACGAAGAUGAACUUGUUGGAUUUGAAGAAGAAUGGAAAGGAAAGGGUCAAAAGUACUUGCCUGGAUGGGUUGGUAGUAUUGGAGCUGAUCAUAGUGGACAAGCUCAGCAGGCCCGGCAGGGAGGUUGGAUGCUCCCUUCUCCGGAGCACUCUCAUCCUGGUGGGUCGACUGAAGCUAGGGGAAAAGUCGGUUCUUCCCCCUCACAGGAGAGGAUAAGGACAGAUUCAAGAGAUAAGGGUUUGUAUCAUCCAAGAGAGCAGAGGCGAAAUUAAGGCACCAUUGUUGCUGUCUCGCCCUUUCAAGUUGUUGCCUCUUAAGUGUGUUUCUUCCUUGCUUUCCUAUUAUGUGUAUGGUGAUUUUGGCCUUAGGUGUUAUGCCUUUGGUAGGCUGGAUUUGAACACUGAGAUCAUAAUAGUGAUGCUAGUAUCUAAGGCAUGUACAUUCUCAUACUAUGACCUCCUUGUAUAACAAACUUAGUAGUUUACAUUUACUGCCAUUUAUACUGCGUGAGGGAUUUAGUUGUC